AUGGAUCAAGCAAGAAGAUUUGGAAAUUUUUUUAGAAAUUCUGCAACUUCUAUUGGAACCAAGUGGAAAGAGAGUUCUACAUUGACAAAAGUAUGCAUCAUUGGUACGACGGCUGCUGUAACAGCUCCAUUGACCAUCAUACCUGCUUUAGGUGUGGCAGGAUUCACAUCUGCUGGUGUGGCAGCUGGUAGUGCUGCAGCAUCCUUGCAAACAGCAACGACAGUAUCUGGGAGUUUUUUCGCUCUGUGUCAAUCUGCUGGAGCUGUUGGAGCAGUAGCUACAUCAACUUCCGUGGGUGUGGGACUCUCAGCUGGUGCCACUGUAGGCGCUGUAACAGCUGCAGUUUGCAAGAAAAAGGAUCCUAGUCAAAACAAUCAUGAAGAAACAGAGGCUGAAGCUGCGGAAGACGAAGAUGCUCAAGGUGGUAGCGAUGAAUCGUAUGAUUUAUCUCAAGAACAAAUUGGAGUAGAAGCUUCGUCUUAA